ACAUUUUCUUUUAUUUCCUGAAGACAUUUACUUCCUUGUUUUCUAAUCUCUCCGGCUCCAUGGCUCCUUCUGUUAUUGGCUCCCGUGGGUGAAGAAAUCUGUUCUGCAGUAGAGCACCUUAACCUGAAUUGUUCGGACAGUGUCGUCCUCUCACACUAUUAUCAUGGAUGAAAUUGCCUCAAGUGUCAUGGAAGUAAAGGAUCUGGAUGAGGAAACAAUUUGGGACCUGAUUGAAAGCCAGCGCCACAUAAUCACCAACAGUGUUCGACCCUGCCACAUCACACCCUUCCUACGCCAGUGUCAUGUCAUCGGGGAGACAGAUGAGGAAGAGAUUCUGUUUGCCCCUCACCUUAAACACCGGUGUAUGAGAACUGGAUAUAUGCUCGAUCUAUUAAGAACUCGGGGAAAGAAAGGAGGUGUUGCCUUUCUGGAGUCUUUAGGGUUCUAUAAUCCUGAAAUUUAUACAUCAAUAACUGGGAAGGAACCUACCAAGGAUUGUAGCAGCAUACUCGAUGAAAAAGGAAAUUUAAGUUUGAUUCAAUCUUUAAUGAAUGAGGUAAUGAAUGCUCAGAAAUGGUUAGGAGAAGAAAAAUGUAUCAAGCAUCGGUUGAAUGAAAAAAUGCAAGGCAUGGAAGAGCAAAACCAACAACUCAAGACUGAGCUCACGAAUUUGAAGGCAGCAGAGGUUAACUUAAGUAGGAUGAAAAUGGACUGGAAUCGUCACCAUGAUGAAAUGAUUCGUCUGAAGGAAGAAAAUUAUCAGAUACUGAUGCGGUAUACAAAUACUCUCCAGGAGAAGGAAAUGUCUGUAACACGAAGCAGAGAGUUACGACAACAGGUCGAUAAUCUUAUAAUGGAGAAUAAGAAAUUAAUAGUGGAAUUUGAUGUUGAACGAAGAGUGUCAUCGAAGCUACGAGAAGCAUUCAAACCCAAACAAGAUGAACUUUUACAUUUAAAAGAAGAAAUUGAUAAACUAAGAUUCAGGAUCCAGGAAGUACAAAUGAACCCAGUGACAAUAGAUAUCUUGGAACAGGAUCGUGUAGAAGCUUUGGAAGAAAGUCAAGAUCUAAUGAAAGUAAUGAAUUCACUGCGCUUGGAACUAGAUAAAGCUGAACGACUAAGGAACGAGUAUUUGGACGAAAAGGAAAAUAUGUUCAUGGAAUGCGCCACUCUGAAGAUUGACUGUGAUAUGUACAAAGAUAAAAUUAGCUCACUCCAGUCACAAGUCCUCGAACUACAGAAGGAGCGUGAUGAGGCAUAUGGGGCGAGGGAUGAAGCCCAAAUGCAUAUUAGCAAAACGAUCACAGACAAGGAUUUAUGUCGUCGGCAAGUAAUCGAACUUCAGGACACGUGUCGUCAGCUAAAUAAGGAAAUGCUACAGUUCAAGUCAAACAAGGAGAGGCAGGAGAAACUGUCAACAGACAACAAAACCCCACGACGUGAAAAACCCAAACUGAAGCGCCUGCAAGCUGUGAAUCUGCGGACCGUCAGCUGUGAUAGUGAGGACAGCAACAGCAGCCAGAGUGAUUUCUAUUCAAACUUAAAGAAAACUGAAAGCUGUGAGUCGCUGAGCAGUCUCAGAUCUUCCUUCGUUGAGCCGCCCAGUCAGGAAUCUAUCUACAGACGCCUAAAUGAAGAUAACAUGGAAAAAUCAUUCAGCAACACAUAUUUUAAUGAUGACGAUGUUUUCACAUCAGUAGGUGAUAGCACUGGUGCAGACAGUUGUGGUGAAAAUGUUCCUGAUGUCAUACCAGUCAAACAACCCGAGUCAUCCAUUCAGAAAAUACUAUCUAUGUUGGAACCCAUUCCAUCAUCUGAGCAAAACCGCCACAGGCCUUUUCCCCCAAGAGCUCCGCAGGCAAGAUCACUGAGCAGAAUAUCGUUGUUUGAGUUCGAAGGAGAUGGCACCUUGGAUCAGAUUGAAGUCAUUGGCGGGAAUGCGACGGGAAUAUUCAUUCACAAAAUUAAACCCGCAUCGCCAGCUCACAACAGUGGCCUGGAACCAGGCUUUCAGAUCAUGAUGGUGGAAUUCAAUGGCAGGGAGCAAACAAAGACCAUACUGGAGGAUGUCAGUUUAGAGGAGGCUAUUUGGACCUUGAAACAAGUUAAAGGAACGUGCAGCUUGGCCAUUAGAUGCAAUAGUGAAGCUUAUCAAAAAUUAGUGGAAAACAUUGAAAAAAAGAUCAUUACCUCAGGGGAUUCAUUCUACAUCCGAAUCAACGUAACAUUUGACAAAGACAGUGGUGCCCUGGGUGGAUUUAUCGUCCAAUGCAAUGAAAUCUUGCACGUCACUGACACCAUGCACAGGGGCACGAGUGAAUGGAAGACUUUCAGAGUUAAUCCACACACGAUGAUUGACGUGGAUGGUGGUUCUAUUCCAAACUACUACCGGGCACAACAGCUGUUGAUCGGCACAAUUCAGAACAUGACUCGACAAAUUCCUUCCUUUAAUAAGCAAAAUCGGAAGUCUUCUUCCCCAAGUCAAAAUAAACUUGUGCGAAUUGUCAGUACUGAUAAAAGUAAAAGAAAUCCACUAUGGUUAUCAUUUGAGUCCGGCACCAUUGAUCCCGACAAAGAGCAAGACGACCAGCCAGUUGGGAAUUGCUUUACUUUAAUGCCUUAUUCACUGGUCAGGCCUUGCCACCCACCGUCUCUGAGACCAGUGAUAAUAGCACCAACACGAAUUGGAAAAGUUGUGCUUGAAAAACUGAAAGAUCUAAAGGAGUAUGAAAAGUGUAAAUCUGAGUGCUUGAACAAUACCGAAUAUGCAGAGAAAAACAAAAAAGGAGACAUUUUGGGAGUUCAACAAGCACAACAUUCACUUCGCUCCUGUUACACAAGGGAAGGAGUAGAGGCCAUAGUUGCCAAGAAUGUUCACUGCCUCAUGGAACUCGGGUUGGAUUGUGUGAAACGGUUACAUAAGGUUGAGAUCUAUCCCAUUGUAAUUGUCAUUCGUCUCUGUGAAAAGAACAUUAAGAAAAUUAAACGUAUUUUGCAGAAAUAUGGAGUAACAGAGGAUUUACUGAUGGAGUGCUCGCGAAGGGAGGAGAUUUUGCUGGACACACUGCCCUGCCUGUAUAACUGUAUUCCUGACAGCUGGAGUGAUCUGGAUUCACUUGUAACUGCGGUAAAAGCAGCAGUAAAGGAUGAGCAAAAGAAAAUUGUGUGGAUUGAACAAUCACCUCUCUAGGGUAUUUAUCUAAGGAUUGUAACAGGAAAUUGGAAAGAAAAUAAUAAUUUAUAGGUGUAUUUUUCCCCUUACUCUUAACACUGGAUAUUAAAUGGGAGAUCAUAUAGGCAAUUCCAAUGCAUCUACUUCUGAAAAAGCAUACUUUUACAUUUUCCCAAUUUCUCCAAUCUUUAUGAUACAUUAAAAUAUGUCUAUUUUAUAGUUUCAGACAUAAUGCACUUUUCCCUCCUUGCUCCCUUCUCUCACCUUCCCAUGAAUCCACUUUCUUAUAAUGGGAAAAGGGCUUAAGAAAACUGAAGAAGAGUUUCGACCUGAAACGUUGCCCAUUUCCUUCGCUCCAUAGAUGCUGCCCACCCGCUGAGUUUCUCCAGCAUUUUGUCUACCUUAAGAAAACACAAAUACUCUUGAAAAUAAAAGUACAAUCUCAAAUCUCUGCAGUGCUAUAAAUUGGUUUCCAUUCAGUCUUAAUUUUCUUGAGUCUUUUGACUGUAAAUAAUCGUGGAUUCAAAAAUCUUCAUAAUAUAGCCAUUUUUAUGUCAAAUUCAACCACUACUGGGAUCUCCAAUGCUUUUCCAUGCCAAUUAUUAAACUUAUAAAGUGACAUUUUUUGCAAAGGUGCCGUUAGAUUAUUUUUGCAGUUAUUUUGUCCCAUUUAGUAAUGCACUUUGCGAUGUCUGUGUGUAAGAAAGACUAUAUCUAAAUAUAACUGUUAAAAAUGUCAGUCACAAUGAAACACAAAUUGGCUCUUGUCAAUGCUUGCAGAUACUGUACAACUGAGCGUAUGCAUUUAGCAUCGUUUGAUAGCAAAAUGUGACUGCAUUCAUAUAAUUUAUCCUCACAACUUAUUAUACCUAUGCUAAUUGUUGUGUAAUUACUGGAUAGAAAUUAUCGGCACCUAUGUAUACUAUAUACUGAAAAUGUUUUUUGACUGCUGCAUGAUUCUGUGAAUUAAUUCUAUACAAGUGCAAGUUUUUGUACUGCAUGUAAAGUUUGUAAAUAUGUGAUGUUUUAACUGGUAUCUGACACCACGGCUUUGCAUGGACUACCAAAGCUUUGUGAAAACAAUUUUAGCACUUGUUGGAAUGUUAGGUUUGAGCAACCAUUAGAAGUCAAUGGCUAGUUACCUCCAGGACAAAUGCAAUGUAUUGAAAAUGCUUCAAUUCUGCAAAUUAAACAGUGCACAUUUAACACAGUGUUGAA